ACGCCUCUACCUCCCCUCAUUCAGUUAAAGUGUUUUUAAAAUUCAUUUCGCUAUAAGACUCGAGUUUAUUUUAGCUUUUCGGCAUACUUGCUACUGACUUGUUCACACUACCAUCUCAAAACCUGGAGUUAUAAAUCGCACACUGCAGAAUUCCAUCACAGCAGCAUCUGACCAGCUUUUUCACUGACCACACGUAUAAUACCCAGGAAUGGAUGAGGCAGAAAAGUACCAGCAGAGGCUGCAGGCCAUUGCAGAGAAGAGGCGAAUGAAGGAAGACGAGGAGAAAGUCAAGCGGGAGAUGGAAGAAGAGUUGCUGAAAAAUGCUCAAGACAAGAGGAAGUAUCUGAGAGAGCAGUGGCUGAUGGAAGCAGAUGCCCCCAGCACUCCUGAGGAUCCUAAACUGCAGUCCGUGAUUCCCGCUUCGCAGACAACAGAGCAGAGUGCAGAAGAAACACAAAGCGCAGAGAGACAGAGGAAGAAAGAAGAGGAAAAGACUGAGGUCAUAAAUGACGAAUCUUCACAGAUUGGGGAGAAUGAGCCUUCAAUCCUUUCUGCAGACAACACAGAGAAGCCUACGCAGGCCUACCUGGAAGAGGACGAAAGAAAUGUGCUUGAGGUGUUGGCGGUUGAAGCGGAGGGAAACCCAGUUUCAGAAGCAGCACGGGAGGAUACAGAGGAAAAGAGAAAAGCAAAAACCGAAGAGCAUGAGACCGAUCAGUCAGCAAUGGAUACAGUAGAACCUGUUGAUCUACCCUGCCAAUCAUUAGAGCAAAUUAAGACACCAGAUGAGACCCAUUUUUCUUUAGCUGAUAUAAAAACUGAGCUAAAUAUGGCAGAAAACAAUGAUGAGGAGGAAGAAUGGGAGAUGGUGAAUUCUUGUCCAGAUGAAGAUCUAGAUCUGGUGCUAACAUCUGACUUGAUACAAGCUCAGUCUGACUCUGGUUUGGAUCAAACAAGUGAUGAAGAAGUUCUGAAGGUAGAGCAGGUCUUCAUCAUGGACGAAGAAGAGGACCUAGAGGUCAGUGCAUCUGAGGUGCUGAGCCUUGUUGUGGCUGAGAAGAAGUCCGAUCUUGAAGACACAUCCUGUGAAAAACCUCCUGAGUGUGCAUUACGGAAUCUUUUUUUGGUAAAGGCGGCACAUGCAGGCACAUCUGCCCCUUUGAAGGAGCUGAGUAAUGUGUCAGGUGUCAUUUCUGAAGAGUCUUCAGUAUUUUCAGUAGAACGUCAACAGAAUAUGCCACACUUUCCAGCACAUAAAACACAUGCUGUAGAAGAAAGCAGGAUAGUAAAAGGGGAAUGGAAAGAGGCAUCAGGUGAUGAAGAUGAAGUGCACCAAUAUAUUCCAACAGAUAGACAAAGAGAGAAAUCACCAUCCUUGAAGCAGAGGGAAAUGGUUGCACACACCACUGAGCAAGAGUCAGAAAUACAAACACUGGUGCCUCCCAGUGGAGCUCCAGCUAGUGCAGAAACAGUCACAUCGACAAAAAGAAAGACUUGCCAGUGUUGCACUGUCAUGUAAGCAAGCAUUCAAGCAAAUAGCUUUUUCUCUUUUGUUCUCUUUUUUUAUUAGAUUUCCCGGUUUUAUUAGAUUUCCCGGAUUCAGUGUGUAUUCUGAAUUAUAGCAUGUGAAUACAGUUUUCUUCCAUCUUCAAUAAUAAAUUUAAAGUAUCACAGAAAUAUCUGAGAAAUAUCUGAGAUGUGUGGCUUUACAGUUAGCGUUGUUGCCCCCUGCUGGACAUACAUUUGUAUUGAAAUAUGAGUUCUAAAGGUGGCAAAUAGGUUUAUCCUUUAUCAUCAUCGUCCUGGGGAUCCACCGUAACCCUGACCAUGUUAAAACACUUACUGAAGAUGAAUGAAUUACAAAUAGACUUAUAUUGCCGCAUUAUUUUUUUAUGUCAAAUCCCAUCAUUUCUAUUUUAAAUGAAGUUAUUGAUAUAGGUAUAAACACAUAUAAAUGUCAUAUGUAUAUGAUUUGGCAUAUCUGUGAUUUAAAAAUAUAUCUAAUUGAUUAGGAUGUGAAGUAUUCCAAAGCACAUCUGUGCCUAAUAAUGUGUGUUACCAAACAAAUAUUAGUAUUAUGUAAAAGGCAUUAUGUAAUGUCACAUGAGAUAUAGAGAAUAUGUGCAGAAUUGCCUUGAUUAUGUUAUUGCUUGAGUGUUAAACUCUGAAAACUAAAUAAUUUUGGUGUUAAUUGACCCUUUUUCUGUUAUUACACAUUGUGAUGUUUUUUGUGGGCGGAGCUUAGGAGGGAGAAAGAUUUUCCUGACAAGUGGUAGUUAUCAAGUUUUGUUAGUUUGUUUUUAAACAAUGACUGGUCAAAUCAGAAUUUAUCUGACUACGUUAGGCCACUCACUGUCCAGGACCCGAGAAUGUUAUUUGCUAACUUUAACGGGCGGAACCAGAUUGGCCGACAUAUACACGCUCACUCAAUGGAUGGACGAUGUGACCGGGUGACCUCUGGUUCAGUGACCUGACAUCUACACCUAUCUGAUAGAAAAACUGAGCGCUUCUGGUAACUGUAGAAUGGGAGAUGACACAAACAGUUUCCUUUGUUUAGCCUCCAAUCGUUAGCUACCAGUUACAGUUGUGCUCAUAAAUUUACAUACCCUGGCAGAAUUUAUGAUUUCUUGGCUAUUUUUCAGAGAAUAUGAACAAUAACACAAAAACUUUUCUUUCACUCAUGGUUGGUGGUUGGCUGAAGCUAUUUAUUGUCAAACAACUGUGUUUACUCUUUUUAAAUCAUAAUGACAACAGAAACGACCGAAAUGACCCUGGUCAAAAGUUUACAUACCCUGGUGAUUUUGGCCUGAUAACAUGCACACAAGUUGACACAAACGGGUUUGAAUGGCUAUUAAACGUAACCAUCCUCACUUGUGAUUUGUUUGCUUGUAAUUAGUGUGUGUGUAUAAAAGGUCAGUGAGUUUCUGGACUCCUGACAGACCCUUGCAUCUUUCAUCCAGUGCUGCACUGAUGUUUCUGGAUUCUGAGUCAUGGGGAAAGCAAAAGAAUUGUCAAAGGAUCUGCGGGAAAAGGCAGUUGAACUGUAUAAAACAGGAAAGGGAUAUAAAAAGAUAUCCAAGGAAUUGAGAAUGCCAAUCAGCAGUGUUCAAACUCUAAUAAAGAAGUGGAAAAUGAGGGGUUCUGUUGAAACCAAACCACGGUCAGGUAGACCAACUAAAAUUUCAGCCACGACUGCCAGGAACAUUGUUCGGGAUGCAAAGAAAAACCCACAAAUAACUUCAGGUGAAAUACAGGACUCUCUGAAAACAUGUGGUGUGGCUGUUUCAAGAUGCACAAUAAGGAGGCACUUGAAGAAAGAUGGGCUGCGUGGUCGAGUUGCCAGCGCAAAUGCCACAAAGUAUCCCGCUUACAAUACGCCAAACAGCACAGAGACAAGCCUCAAACCUUCUGGCACAAAGUCAUUUGGAGUGAUGAGACUGAACUUUUUGGCCACAACCAUAAACGUUGCAUUUGGAGAGGAGUCAACAAGGCCUAUGAUGAAAGGUACACCAUUCCUACUGUGAAACACGGAGGUGGAUCGCUGAUGUUUUGGGGAUGUGUGAGCUACAAAGGCACAGGAAAUUUGGUCAAAAUUGAUGGCAAGAUGAAUGCAGUAUGUUAUCGAAAAACACUGGAGGAAAAUUUGCACUCAUCAGCCCGGAAGCUGUGCAUGGGACGUACUUGGACAUUCCAACAUGACAAUGAUCCAGAACACAAGGCCAAGUCGACCUCUCAUUGGCUACAGCAGAAUAAAGUGAAGGUUCUGGAGUGGCCAUCUCAGUCUUCUGACCUUAAUAUCAUUGAGCCACUCUGGGGAUUUCUCAAACGUGCAGUUCAUGCAAGACAGCCCAAGAAUUUAUAGGAACUGGAGGCUUUUUGCCAAGAAGAAUGGGCAGCUUUACCAUCUGAGAAGAUAAAGAGCCUCAUCCACAACUACCACAAAAGACUUCAAGCUGUCAUUGAUGUUAAAGGGGGCAAUACACGGUAUUAAGCACUGGGGUAUGUAAACUUUUGAUCAGGGUCAUUUGGGUCGUUUCUGUUGUCAUUAUGAUUUAAAAAGAGUAAACACAGUUGAUUGAUAAUAAAUGGCUUCAGCCAAACACUAACCAUGAGUGAAAGAAAAGUUUUUGUGUUAUCAUUUAUAUUCUCUGAAAAAUGGCCAAGAAAUCAUAAAUUCUGCCAGGGUAUGUAAAACUUAUGAGCACAACUGUAGCUAACUUAAAACGUUAGCAUGACAUGAGAAAUCAUUUAACUUGUUCCCCAAUUUUUGAUUAGGUGCCAUGCAAAAGAAAUAUUUUUACUUAGCCAAACCAUAAACCAUACCAAAAGCAAUAGUUUCUUUAACCUAAUCUGAUAUGAAGUAUGUGCUGCAAAUGUGAGCAUUCAUUUUAUUGCGGUUAAUCUCGUCGUUUUUUUUGUCUGGCAGUGGCAGCACCA